UGCACGUCAAAAAUUGGGAGAGAUGAGUUGCAAUGUUCGAGGUUGAUGGAAAAGGCGGAUUGACCAGUAAAACGAAGAGAGCAUCCAUCAUUUACUCAAACUCUUUUGUGUAUGAACCGGGUCCGACGUUGGACAAUGAUGGUGCUCCACAUGAGCCUGCAGCUGUCGUACAAACCUUAAUUCAGACCGUACAUCUCACCUCCUCCACGACAUUGCGCUGGCCGCAUGCGUAUCCCCAACAAGAAAGUCCGUUCCCUCGGCGGUCACGUCGGUCCAAUUCAUGCAGUGACCUACAACUCCAACGGGUCGUACUGCCUUACGGGCGGCCAGGACCGAAAGAUCAUAUUACAUAACCCGACGCUCGGAACACAGAUCAAGUCGUAUGAGGCGCAUGGGUGGGAGGUCUUGGAUAUCGCUGUGUCGGCGGAUAAUUCACGGUUCGUCAGUUGCGGCGGGGAUAAGACUGUGUUUUUAUGGGAUGUUGUACAAGGACGGACAGUGAAACGGUUCUCGGGGCAUUUUGCGCGGGUGAAUUGUGUCGGGUUCAACGAGGACGCGAGUGUCGUCGUAAGCGGAAGUUUCGACUCAACGGUACGGAUAUGGGAUGUACGGUCACAGAUGCACAAACCCAUCCAAAUCCUGGACGAGGCCAAAGACUCGGUAUCGUCGUUACAGGUGACAGGGGAUUCCGUCAUCACCGGCUCCGUCGACGGAAAGGUCCGAACGUACGACCUCAGAAAAGGACAACUCCGCACAGACACCAUGGGCGCACCUGUAACCUCCCUCCAACAAACCAUCGACACCGGCGCCAUCCUCAUCACAACCCUCGACUCCACCAUCCGACUCCUCGACACCACCCAAGGAAGCCUCCUCCAAUCCUACAAAGGUCACAAAAACAGCGAAUAUAGAAUCCGGUCAUGUUUGGGGAAGAACGAUGAAUUUGUGGUGAGUGGGAGUGAGGAUGGGAAUGUUUAUGUGUGGGAUUUGUUGGAGGGUGGAGCGAUAAGUAAAGUUACGUCUCAUGAUGGGAAGGUGGUUAGUGGUGUUAGUUUUCACCCGAAGGAGAACCAGAUGUUGACGUGUGGGACGGAUGGGACUGUUACUGUCUGGUCGGACUGAUAGAGGAGGUCAUCAGAGAGGAGCAAUGAGGAUACGGGCCCAGAACUCGGAGAACCCGAGGCUGUGGGGCCUACGCACACGGGAGUCUAGUCUCAAUCAAAUUCGCCCUUUCAUGCUGCACCUCAACGCAAGACGGAGCUAUGCAAACAGAGUACGGACGUUGCAAGCAUGGGGCUCAAGGCAAAGGAGUAUCAGUACAAGGUGCGCUGCAUGGGUGUCAAGCACAGGAAGGACAUUUGAAGGAAAGGACGUUGCAUAGACAAUUGCAGAAAAACGAAUAACUCCAGGAUAACGAUACUAAAUAAGAAAACACCGUCCUCAAUGCAUGC